AUGGUAUCCUGUCUGCCUUUAUGGAUAAUCACAAAUUGGUUCGGAUAUACCACAUCUUGAACUGGUUCUUUGUUUUGCUUGUAUUAACUAGCACAUUGGCAUACUGGAUCUAUUUCAAGGUCAAACAGACUGUGUAUGUCAAUGACUGCCAGGAGUAUGAAAACACAAAGAACCAGACGACCGACAAUACAUACAGCCCAGUAGCGAUACCAGGCAAGACAACUGUGGCAGGAGGGGCUGACAAGAGUUUCUGUAUCGACCUAGUAAAUAAGCUGGUAAUUGGUACGGGUGUGGUUGUAUUUGUUGGAAACUUUAUCCAGGUCUAUAUUGCUAGUUCGAUUGGAAUUUACUCUACAAGUCUUAAGCGUAACAACCAACAUCAAAGACUCCACUCUCUGGAUGAUGAUGAACCCGAAAAAUCAUAAACUCACGUGUGUAAUGUGACGUCAAGUCAAGCUUAUUCAACUCGAUUCCUUCAUUCAACUUUUUUUUAUUUUAUUUUAUCAAGUCAAAAAUAAUAAUAAUCCUCCCCUUCUUCCGUUUCUCUUCUAUUUUUCUUUUUUUUUACUAAGAAAACAUAAUAUCAAUCUCGAAUCGUUCUUUUUUCUUUUUGGUCAAAUAGUCUAAAGAAAACAUACAUAUUUCUUUUAACAAUCUAAACCAAAAAAAGAAAAGAAAGAAAAGACCUUUUUCAACUCUAAAACAAAAAAGCAACAACAACAGCCAUCUAUUGUAUUUUAAUCAAACUUAAUUGCAAUGUCAACACCAUCAAGAAGACGUCUUAUGCGCGAUUUUAAGCGACUCCAGAGUGAUGCACCAGGAGGUGUCUCGGGUGCACCUUGUUCGGAUAACAUCAUGCAAUGGAAUGCGGUGAUCUUUGGACCAUCCGAUACACCAUUUGAAGAUGGCACCUUUAAACUUGAACUUCACUUUGAGGAGACUUAUCCAAACAAACCACCACAAGUCAAGUUCAUUUCAAAAAUGUUCCACCCCAAUGUUUAUGCCAAUGGUGAACUCUGUCUGGAUAUUCUACAGAACAGGUGGAGCCCAACCUAUGAUGUGGCUGCCAUAUUGACCAGCAUUCAGUCUCUCCUGCACGACCCUAACCCAAAUUCUCCUGCCAAUGCAGAGGCAGCCAAUUUGUAUCGUGAAAACAGAAAGGAAUAUGUUAGAAGAGUCCGUGAGACAGUUGAGAGUUCUUGGGAAUAAACAUUUGGUUUUCUUUUUUCCCACUUUUAUUGUCUACUAUACUGUUUUCUAUCUAUCUUUCUAUCUUCUUCUUUUUUAUAUUUUAUACUUGGAUUUAUAAAUACACAUACACAAACACAUACACACACACAUAUUGUUCUUCUUUUCUGUUUCUUAAUUGCCGCGAACAGUUCUCAUAACCUCAUCAGCAAAAUCACUCUCCUUCUUCUCAAUACCCUCUCCAACCUGCCAGCGCGCAAAGUCAACAACCUCUGCACCUUCCAAGCCAGCAUUCUUAGCAACCUCAUCAACGUACACGGCCACAUUCUGGUCAGGGCGGAGCAUAAAGGCCUGUUCAGUCAGAACGGAGUUGGUGAUGUAUUCCUCAGGGUUGUUUUGUUCAAGAACACUUGCAGGGACCUGAUCCUUAGUGAGGUAGACGGGGCUGUAACCAACAACCUGGCGAGCAACCUGGCGAGCUGUCUUGGCCAGCGCAGCACGGCCUUUUUCUUCAAGCUCACCAACAGUAACCUUUCGGGGUUGAAGAACAGCAAUUCCACCAAUAUUUCCUGCUGCAGAAUCACCGCCGUGUACGUAAGCAGCAGAUACACCAUCUACCACAACUGCUGCACGGCGAAGAGUAAUGUUCUCGCCAAGCUUUCCAAUGGUCUCAACAAUUGACUCUUGAACAGUCUUGCUCAAAUCUGCUGAGGUCUCAUUGGCUAAAGGCAUAAGUGGGGCAUUCAUAAGUCCCUUUACAGACAAGUGUUCGAUAGCCUUGCUUCCAGCAGCAGGAGUGUCGUGCAAGAGGAGCGAGGUAGUAGCAAUACGAGCAGCAAGGUUUUUGAACACGUCGUUGCGGGACACAAAAUCAGUCUCGCAGUUGAGCUCAAUCAUUGUGCUUCUAUUGUUAACCGAGGCAAUGGUAAUAAGUCCCUCACCCGCAGUUCUACCAGCCACCUUCUCAGCCUUUUUUGCGCCAGAAGCCUGGGCAUCGGCAGAAAGCCAUUCGAGUGCCUUUGCAUAGUCGUUGUCGUUCUUUACCAAGGCUUCCUUUGCCUUGGUCAUAGAUACUUCGGUCUCCUGACGGAGUUUGGCAAGGAGCUUAAUGUUGGGCUUUACUUGGGUGGUAUAGGAGCGUGUGAGGCCAAAACGACAUGGUGCAAAAGAAGCACGAAGACCAAAGAGCGAGUUCAUGAGAAAUUGAGCAAGGGGAGAGAUAUAU